CAUUCUGCAGAGUGCAUGGCUAGUUGACCAACCAAUGCUGUGGUUACUGGAUUUAGUGUUUUUAGUGUACCAUUCCCAGUAAUUACUAAAGGAAGGAUGAUACGAGUUUAUUUACACAAAUGCGGGCAAAGUAACAAAACCCUAUAUCCUAUCCUAUAUUCAAUUUGAGGAAUUAUGGACACAUGCCUUAGGCUAUGAAUAACAGGUUUUGCCAUGCAAAAAAAACAUUAACACAGCCUUGUUAAUCUUGUUUCCCCUGUUGAGGAAAUAAUUGCUCAAGGUCUCACGACGAGGAGGAACGACAUCGAAGUCUGAGUUGCGCUGAUAAAAUGAGCACUACCUCUUUAAGCGACAAGCCGUGUGUAAUUACUGCUUGUGGCGAGUUUCCCCUCUUUGUGGGUCGCAGUUGCACAAAGCUCUCGUGUGCCGUUUUGAGCGUUGGAAUAAUGCGUUUGGUAGUCAGCGAGGGGAAAAGUAAGAUGCCCCUUGUUAUUUUGUAAUCGACGAUUAGUUGCAUGGAUCCGAUUAUGUAAUAUUAAGUAUGGUCACACACUUUGUUCUGUGGAUAGCGGUCUUUUAUUGGUAAUAUCUGACUUCCUGCUGUUAAAGAUGGAUUGGAACCCUUUCGCACACAGGAAUUAGUUUUUCCCAGGUCGUAUUACGUGUUGCAUUUUCAGAAGCUCUGACCCCUGCCUUUAACAGGUGGAAUCGCGUCCUCUUUCCCCGUCACAUUUUAUCCGGCUACCGGGAAGUGACAUGGGGAAUCAGGUUGAAAAACUGACUCAUUUAAGUUACGCCGAAGUUCCGACAGCGGAUCCGAACGGGUUGGAUCCUGAGGAGGACUGCCCAAGGAUUGGGGUUUCCUAUAUUUUUUCCAAUGAUGACGAAGAUCUAGAGGAUAAUCAUGAGACGGAAAAUGACCAAAAUCAGGAAGAGAAGCAAUAUGAUAAACGGAAUGAGCUGGAGUGUGCCGUCUACUAUCGAGACGAAUGCGUUUAUGAGAAGAGUACUAAGAGCAUAGACAUGGGUACAUAUUCGCCGGAGAAUCUGUCAAACAAAUGUAAGCCUGGUGACUUGGUGGAGUUUAUCGCGACUGGUCAGUACCCACAUUGGGCUGUUUACGUGGGAGACUUUCAGGUCGUUCAUUUGCACAGAGCCGAGAUAAGGAACACUUUUUUGACAGAUGCCAGCCAAGGCAGAGGAGGCAGAGUCGCCAACGACCUAUACAAAUUCAAAGCUUUGAACCCCGACAUAGUGGUACAGAACGCAAUGGAACAAGUCGGAGCAAAGGACAGGGAGUUAAGUUGGAGAAACUCCGAAUGUUUUGCCGCCUGGUGCAAAUUUGGCAGGCGUGAGUUCAAAAUCGGAGGCGAAAUACGCAUUGGAAAGCAGCCUUAUAGGUUAAAACUACAAUUGUCGGAGAAAAGGAGCCAUGUUCUUGAAUUUCAGAGUUUGGAGGACUUGAUUAUGGAAAAAAGGAGAAACGACCAAAUCGGCAGGGCUAUGGUGAUCCAGGAACUAGCAAACCAUCUCAACUCCGGGGAGGAAAUCAAUAAUGAGCACAGUGGGAACUGAUGGAUUAAAAUGAAAAUUUCAUCCAGUUACCUGUAUGACACAACUGCACUUGAACCAGGCCUAGCCACCUCCUUGAUCUGUUUGAAAUGGUUGAAUAAUUAAGCAAUUCACUCGCAUGGUUACAUGUGCAGUUAGAGCUUUGAAACACGCAUUGCCCAUGAAUAGUAAUGACCUAUCUGUGCCCUUCGAGGUCAAUGAUUGUUCAGCUUUUAAAGAAAAUACAAGUGUGGAAAGGGGAGGUGGAGCUGUGUGUGCGUGUGCAUGCAUUUGUGAGUGGGUGUGUUGUGGGGUGGAGGACCUUGGGUAAGUGUUUGAGCCUCAGUAUAUUGUGAUUGAAGCUUUCUGACCCCGAUCCAUAAGAACAAGGGUUUGGGCACACUACUGGUUCUCUCUUUUUUUCAGCUGUGUUCCAAUUCCUUGCUAACUGUUUCCUGUGCAGUUUGGGCUUUGGGCACAAAAAGACAUUUUACACAAAAGAAUUGGGCACAAAAUAAUAUUUAAGGUGAAUUCAUCAUGUUCUAUAAAUAUAUAUAUAUUUUUGUCUCAAGAUACUAUGUUUUCCAGCUUUACACAACUGUUUUACAUUCUUGACCACCACCGCUUCAAGCACUUUAAAUUGACUAAUAAAUUAUUUGUUUUACCAAUUAAUAUCUGAGCAGUAUUAUUAAUUGAGGGAUACAUGAUGAUAAACGGCUUUUCUUCACCUAUACUACUCUGGACAUUUCAUGAUAUGAUGCCUUUCCCCCAGUUGACGUGUGGAAUCUUGCAUGGUGGAUAUUCUAGCUCCCAGUAUCUGUAUUUAGCAGGUAUUUUUAUACAAUGCAGACGCAAGAUGUGUUUGUUUUCAAGUGCAGUUACUGUACUGAUGUACUCUGCUGAUUCCUAAGUUCUUUGAUCUCCAAAUUGAUUGUGAAAUACCCACUUUAUGGUGCCUUUACAUUGUCAGUAGGCCUUACAUGCUAAUAUGGAGACUUAUUUUGCAUGACAUGAUUAAAAUAAAAUGAAUACCAAAGAAUAUGCAAAUAAAUGAAACCUUGCUAAAUUUAA